ACAACACCACCUGAAGGUGAAGAAGGCAACGCAUAUCAGCUGAUAAAACUGAAAAUGGCUAGCCCCACAGCUGUAAACGGCAUGUCAGAAGCUCCCGAUCGGACAUUCCCGGCUGCGGACGUCGAGAAUGAAAUGAACCCCGGUAUGAACACAAAAGUUGAAGUUGAUCCUGUAUCCUCCGCCGUGGCUGCUUCCUUGGAGGCUAAGGAGCAAGCUGAAGCGGCUCGACAGCAAAAGGAAAGAGAGAAGGACGCCAUGCAAUCGCUCAAAUCGGCCAUCUUAAUUUCCGCAGCGGUGGUUGCGGUGGCAGGAGCAAUCUUCGCCAUAAGCAAGAAGUUGAGAGAGAAAUGAGUGCUUGAAGAAGCUUGAGAGUUUGCAAUACCAGCAAGCUCGCUCACUCACUCACUCUUUGCUUUAGUUAUUCCCUGUUCUUGUUUAUUUUUUUUGGCUUUCAAAACACGGGACUUUUCGUGUGCUUUUUUAUAUUCUUUUCUUUGUAGCUCUCUACUGCAUGCGAGAGGAUUAUUCUUGGGGAAGCAGCGGAUUUGGACGAUGGAACUAUACAUUAUAUCUUAGAUAUAUGCCAACUGUUGCAUUUACGAUAUGUUACAAAUUUUUAUACAAACUGUCAAAGAAAUGAAUUCUUCGUAAAACAUUCUUUUUUAUGUUCUUAU